AAUUUUAAAAAUACAAACAAAACAAAUGCCAACAACAUAGGAUUGAGCUUCAAUUGCCGGCGGAAUAGGAAUCUUCACUGAAUCAACCCUUCCAAGAUUCAACUGCUCUUGCUGCUAUAUCACUGUAAGAUGGAAGAGAAAAGCGAAACAUCCAGCCAUGAAUAUGCUGCUAACAUUUCUACCAUAAGAGAUGCCGAAAAACGAAUCAGGCCUUUUGUGCACAAAACCCCUGUCCUGACAUCAGAAACCUUAAAUUCUCUUGCUGGAAGAAAGUUGCACUUUAAAUGUGAAAGCUUUCAGAAGGGUGGAGCCUUCAAGUUUAGAGGGGCCUGCAAUGCUGUGUUUUCACUCGAUGAUGCUCAGGCAGCUAAAGGGGUUGUUACUCAUAGCAGCGGCAAUCAUGCUGCAGCUCUUGCUUUGGCUGCAAAACUACGGGGGAUCCCUGCGUAUAUAGUUAUACCAAAAAAUGCUCCAAAGUGCAAGGUUGACAACGUGAUCCGCCAUGGCGGCCAAGUUAUCUGGAGUGAGUCGAAUGUGAAGUCCAGAGAAGAUGUCGCUACUAAGGUAUUGCAAGAUACCGGUUCUGUCCUUAUUCAUCCAUAUAAUGACGGGCGCAUCAUAAGUGGACAGGGUACAGUAUCAUUGGAGCUUCUCGAACAGGCUCCCCAAAUUGACACAAUAAUCGUUCCAAUUAGCGGUGGGGGUCUAAUAUCGGGGGUGGCUUUGGCUGCAAAGUCCAUCAAUCCAGCCAUUCGAGUUUUGGGUGCUGAACCGAGGGGAGCAGAUGAUGCUGCAAAGUCGAAAGCAGCUGGUAGGAUUAUAAAGCUGCCCGAAGUUAACACCAUUGCUGAUGGCCUUCGAGCUUUUCUUGGAGACCUCACCUGGCCUGUUGUCCAGGAUCUUGUCGACGACAUCAUCACUGUUGACGAUAAAGAGAUAAUAGCAGCCAUGAGACUGUGCUAUGAGAUUCUCAAGAUUUCGGUAGAGCCCAGUGGAGCAAUAGGCCUUGCAGCUGUUCUCUCCGACGGUUUUAGGAACAACCCGGCAUGGAACAAGUGCAACAAUGUGGGGAUUGUGAUCUCUGGGGGGAAUUUAGAUCUCAGUGUGCUUUGGGAUUCUCUCAACAACUUGUAAAUAAGUAGAAAUUCUUAUGCAUUGUUUGAGAGCUUCACCAUUUGCAGUGUAGGAUUGUAUUUGGAAUCUUGAUGUAAUCCAUUCAACACUGGCAAUUAGGGUUCUGGCAAUUGGUGACUGUCGAAAGGUCGCCUUUGUUAUUGAAGAACGUCAAUUGUCAUUGAAGAAGGCGAUCAGUGAUCAUUCGACAGUUGCUGGUGUCACUUUCGAUUACCGAAAUCUUAAUUACCAGUGGAUAACUGACUAUUGGAUUCAAAUGCACAAAAAUGAUAAAUUGAUGUGUUUAUUUGUAACUUUUUA